AACUUUCCCACCAACUCACAUCUAGAAGCUCUCUCCCUCUCUCUCCUAUAGUCAAAACUCAAAACCUUCUCCCUCUCUUUAUAUAUAUAGGUUUAGUAGUGGAAAAAAUACUAGUUUGUAGUGUGUGUUUUUUUCAUAUUUUUGAUAUUGCAAUGGGAAGGUCUCCUUGUUGCGAGAAGGCUCACACGAACAAGGGCGCGUGGACGAAGGAGGAAGACGACCGGCUUGUGGCGCACAUCCGGGCCCACGGCGAGGGGUGCUGGCGGAGCCUCCCCAAGGCGGCGGGGCUCCUCCGCUGCGGCAAGAGCUGCCGCCUCCGCUGGAUCAACUACCUCCGCCCCGAUCUCAAGAGGGGCAACUUCACCCAAGAAGAGGACGACCUCAUCAUCAAGCUCCAUAGCCUCCUCGGCAACAAAUGGUCUCUUAUUGCGGGGAGAUUGCCCGGGAGGACGGACAACGAGAUCAAGAACUACUGGAACACGCACAUCAGGAGGAAACUCGUGAGCCAGGGAAUCGAUCCCACGAGCCACCGCCCCAUCAGCGAGCCUUCAGCUGCAGCAUCGUCGCAACGAGAAGCAAAUCCAUCAAAAAUAGAAAAAAUUGUCAAAGAAGAGAGUCAAUGUUGUAGCCAGGUUAGAGAAAGGUGCCCAGAUUUGAAUCUUGAUCUAAGAAUCAGCCCUCCAUAUCAGAAUCAAGAAUCCUUCAAAACCGGCACGAAUAGUAGUACCUUUUGCUUCGGUUGUAGUACCGGCAUUCAAAAUAGCAAAGAUUGCAGGUGCAAAGAGGGGAAUAUUACUAAUUCUGGAUAUGAUUUUCUUGGCUUGAAAUCUGGUGUUUUGGAUUACAGAAGAUUGGAGAUGAAAUGAAGAAUCUUUUUUUUUUCAUGUGUAAUAGUAGUUAAAAAUUAAUCUAGAAUACUUAGUCCGCGUGUCGCGCUGUUAUUGGCCAAACCGCGCGAUACGAGUCACCUUUGCGCAUGCUCUAAGGCACAUUUUGCACAAAUUUUGCUCUAUUCUUGUGUGUGUGUGCAGAAAGUGGGUGUGGAACAUAAAUAAUGUAAGACUAAAUAGCCAUUUGCAGUUGUUUUCUUCUAUCCA